AUGACAGUAUUGUCCUUCUUUUUUUUUUACUUUUUCUUUUUUAUAUUACCAUUGCUUUGUUUUUUUUUUUUUUUUUUCGUUUUCUUCAUUCCUUACAUGACAUAUUUUUUCUUUUUUCUUUUUUUUUUUUUUUUUUCUUAUUUUUAUUUCUUUUAUUUUUUUUUCUUUUUCUUCAUUCCUUUUUUGACAGUAUUUCCUUCUUUUUUCUUUUUCUUUUUUUUUUUUUUUUUUCUUUGUUUCUUUUAUUUUUGUUUCGUUUCUUCAUUCCUUAAAUUUUUUGUCUUCUUUUUUUUUUUUUCUUUUUUUUUUUUUAUAUUACCAUUGCUUUCUUUUCUUUUAUUUUUGUUUCUAUUGUCCUUUUUUUUUUUUUUUUUCUUUUUUAUAUUACCAUUGCUUUUUUUUCUUUUUAUUUUUGUUUCGUUUUCUUCAUUCCUUUAUGACAGUAUUGUCCUUCUUUUUUUUCUUUUUUUUUUUUUUUUUAUAUUACCAUUUGCUUUUGUUUCUUUUUUUUUUUUUUUUCUUCAUUCCUUUCAUUUCAUAUUGUCCUUUUUUUUCUUUGACUUUUUUUUUUUUAUUACCAUUGCUUUGUUUCUUUUUUUUUUUUUUUUUUUUCUUCAUUUUUUCAUGACAUUAUUGUUUUCUUUUUUUUCUUUGACUUUUUUCUUUUUUAUAUUACCAUUUAUUUACCUUUUUUUUUCUUUUUUUUUUUUAUAUUACCAUUGCUUUCUUUCUUUUUUUUGUUUCGUUUUCUUCAUUCCUUAUGACAGUAUUGUCCUUCUUUUUUCUUUGACUUUUUUUUUUUUUUAUUACCAUUGCUUUCUUUCUUUUUUUUGUUUGUUUUCUUCAUUUUACAUGACAGUAUUGUCCUUCUUUUUUUUUCAUUUUUUUUUUUUAUAUUACCAUUUCUUUCUUUCUUUUUUUUUUUUUCUUUUUCUUCUUUUUUUAUAUUUUUUUUUUCUUUUUUUCUUCUUUUUUCUUUUUCUUUUUUUUUUUAUUAUUUUUUUCUUUUUUUCUUUUUUUUUUGUUAUUUUUUUUUUAAUUUUUAUUUUUUUUUUUUUUUUCUUUUUUCUUUUUUUUUCUUUUAUUUUUGUUUCAUUUUUCUUCAUUCCUUACAUUUUUAUUUUCCUUUUUUUUUUAAACUUUUUUUUUUAUUACCAUUGCUUUCUUUUCUUUAUUUUUUUUUUUUUUUUUUUUUCAUUUUUUUUUUUCUUUUUUUUUUUUUUUUUACCAUUUUUUUUUUUUUUUGUUUCGUUUUCUUUUUUUUUUGACAUUAUUGUCCUUCUUUUUUUUUUUUUUUUUUUUUUUAUUACCAUUGCUUUUUUUUUAUUUUUGUUUCUUUUUUUUCAUUCCUUUAUUUUAUUAUUGUCCUUCUUUUUUUCUUUUACUUUUUUUUUUUAUAUUACCAUUGCUUUUUUUUUUUUUUUUUUUUUCGUUUUCUUUUUUAGAAAUACAAAUUUUUUUCUUUUAUUUUUUUUUCGUUUUUUAUUUUUUUACAUGACAUAUUGUCUUCUUUUUUUUUUUUUUAUUUUUCUUUUUAUAUUACCAUUAUUUUCUUUCUUUUUUUUUGUUUUUUUUUUCUUCAUUCCUUACAUGACAGUAUUGUCCUUUCUUUUUUUCUUUUUUUUUUCUUUUUAUAUUACCAUUCUUUUGUUUUUUUUUUAUUUUUGUUUCAUUUUUCUUCAUUCCUUACAUCUUUUUAUUUUCCUUCUUUUUUCUUUACUUUUUCUUUUUAUAUUACCAUUGCUUUUUUUUUUAUUUUUUUUUUUUUUUCAUUCCUUUUUCUUUGACAGUAUUGUCCUUCUUUUUUUCUUUUCUUUUUUCUUUUUUAUUACUUUUGCUUUCUUUCUUUUAUUUUUUGUUUUUUUUUCUUCAUUCCCUUACAUGACAGUAUUUCCUUUUUUUUUUUUGACUUUUCUUUUUAUUUUCAGAAUUUGCUUUCUUUCUUUUAUUUUGUUUUUAUCUAAACAUGACAUUUCGUUUUUUUCAUUCCUGACAUUUUUCCAAAUCUUUUUUUUUUACUUUUUUUUUAUUACCAUUGCUUUCUUUUCUUUAUUUUUGUUUCGUUUCUUCAUUAGCCAAACAGUAUUUCCUUUUUUUUUCUUUACUUUUUUUUUUUUUAUAUUACCAUUGCAUUCUUUCUUUUAUUUUUGUUUCGUUUUCUUCAUUCCUAACGUCGGUACUGUCCUUCUUUUUUUCUUUUCUUUUUCUUUUUAUAUUACCAUUUUUUGUUUCUUUUAUUUUUGUUUCGUUUUCUUCAUUCCUUUGACAGUAUUGUCCUUCUUUUUCUUUUUUUUUCUUUUUAUAUUACCAUUGCUUUCUUAUUUUAUUUUUUUCGUUUUCUUCAAUUUACAUGCCUGUAUUCUCUUUUUUUUUUCUUUUGACUUUUUUUCUUUUUAUAUUACCAUUGAUUUUGUUUCGUUUUUCUUUUUAUUUUUUGUUUCUAUUGUCCUUUUUUUUUCUUUUACUUUUUUUUCUUUUUUAUAUUACCAUUGUUCCCUUUCUUUUAUUUUUGUUUCGUUUUGUUUUCUUCAUUUCCUUCUUUUAUUUGACAGUAUUGUCUUUCUUUUUUUUUUUUUAUUUUUCUUUUAUACAGUGUUGUCCCCUUCUUUUUUUCUUUCUUUUUCUUUUUAUUUUUUGUUUCUUUGUUUUGUUUCAUUUUCUUCAUUCAUGACAGUAUUGUCCUUCUUUUUUCUUUUACUUUUUUUUUUAUUCUACCAUUGCUUUCUUUCUUUUAUUUUGUUUCGUUUUCUUCAUUCCUUACAUGACAAUGUUGUCCUUCUUUUUUUUUUGAUUUUUUCUUUUUAUAUUACCAUUGCUUUUUUUUUUUAUUUUUGUUUGCUUUCUUCAUUCUUUAUAUCACUGUAUUGUCUUUCUUGUUUUCUUUUACUUUUUCUUUUUAUAUUACCAUUGCUUUCUUUCUUUUAUUUUUGUUUCGUUUUCUUCAUUCCUUACAUGACAGUAUUGUCCUUCUUUUUUCUUUGA